UGCAUCGUUUUGUUUUGUUUGAGGUGAAAGGUGAAACUUUCGUUGGUGUCGCGUUGGUGUGCUUUAAUUUUUCUUAAAUUCAUUCUCUUCGACUUCUACCCACACUGACGUGGCUAAAAUCGCCUCGCUUCCUCGCUAGUCUCACCUUUAACCGAAUUGUGCAGAGAAACGUGUGACGACAAUUCAAAGAUUCGAAAUGGCAACGAGUGAUCCGGCGGACGAUUCUCUCUACCCGAUUCCGGGCCCCAUGGACGACCUGAAGAACGAGGACAUGGAGAUACGUCUCAACUCCAUGAAGAAUCUGUCCCCGAUUGCUGUAACGCUGGGCGUCGAGCGCACUCGCAACGAGCUAAUUCCUUUCCUAACGGAGACCAUCCGUAGAAAUGACACUGACGAAGUAGUCUUGCUUGCGUUGGCUGAGCAGCUUGGAAACUUCACUCCACUCUGCGGCGGAUCUGAAUAUGUCCACUGUCUACUGCCACCACUGGAGUCCUUGGCCACGGUGCAGGAGGCUGCGGUUCGAGAGAGGGCAGUGGAGUCCCUGCAGCAAAUCUGUGCCCUGCAAAGCCCAUCAGACCUUGAGAACCACUUUGUUCCACUGGUUCUGCGUCUUGCUGAUGGUGACUGCUUCACGGCUCGCAGUUCAGCUUGUGGUCUCCUCAGUAUCUGCUACCCAAGAGUCUCUGCCAAUGUGAAAGACGAUUUGCGUUUCACCUUCAGCAAAAUGUGUGAUGAUGACUCCCCCAUGGUUCGUUGCGCCGCUGCCACUAAUUUGGGCACACUCGCCAAAGUAGUCGAGCUCAAGUACCUCAAGUACGAAGUCAUCCCCAUGUUUGAGAUCCUUUCCCAGGAUGAACAGGAUUCAGUUCGUCUUCUGGCGGCCGAGGCCUGUGUCAUCAUUGCCACCACGAGCAAGUGGGCUGAAGACAAGUCAUUGCUUGUGCGCCAAAUGGCCGCUGAUGAAAUAAGAAUGGUUGACGAGAGCCCACCAUCUACAACAGCCAGACUUGCUGUUUUGCCUAGCGCCACUGCAGAGGAUGACAAGCGCGCUUCCAAACUAGCCGCUUUGGUGUCGAUCUUUCCAAAAACGGACCCAAUAUUCUUGUCUACGAAAGCAGCCCUUGAUGAACAUGAGUUCAUUCAAUUCAUCAAUGACGCCAUUGCUAAAAAUAUUGAUUUACCAAGCAGGGCAAACAAUUUGAAUAGAGUUGACUGUUUCACUUGUGAAACUUUUUUGAAAGAAUUCCCGAACCCGAAAGAUCACUUUGGGCAGGAAUCGUGGCCGUAUGAUGAGAUCUAUAAUACCUGUGCCUUGAUCGUCCUCGGAAACCAUUUUAGGAGGCAUAACUUGAGGGACAUUAUAAAAGGUUUUAAGGAAAGUGGAGACUGCCUUUACAAGGCCCACCACAUCCUACAAAACAUACCUGCCAAAAAGACACAUGAACGAGAGCAGCUAUUGAUCCCUGUCGAGGGCAAAAAUCACCAUCGCCUUAUGAGUGAAAUUUUUUUUUUGGAAAACGAAAAGAAACUGGAGGAGCUGCAAGAUCAUCAAAAGCAAGAACUUGAGAGGAAAAGAGAGGAGGCCAGUUUGGAAAAAAAAUUAUAAGAUGUUGUGUAUUUCAUUGUAUUUGAAUGGAGAAUAAAUAAAUAGAAAAAACGAUCAAUCCCAUUUUCAACAAUUGUGGCACUUGAUUAAAUUUUUUCAAAAUAUGGAAUUAUUGUUUCAAAAUUGUUAAUUUUAAGAUCUAAAAUCAGCCUUUAAAAUCCUUAAAUCUAAAUCAUUCUACGGCGAAUGUCUUUUUGUCAGGUUUGAAAACUCAAAUUGUGCUUGAAAUAAUACAAAAAAUAAGGAUCAUCCCAUGCUAAAAAAUUAUGGCAAUUAAUUUUCUUCAAAAUUGUUAAUUUUAAGCUCUGUGACUGAAUUUGUAUCAGAAAAAUCUCAGCCGUUAUUAAAUUAUGCUCAAAAUA